UGACAUGGUGGCAUGUGAGUGUUUCACUGUGUUCUUAGAUCCUGUCCCCCCCCCUCCUGCCCCAUGUGUUCUUAUAGUGGUUCCUUAGAUCACUUCCUCAGUACUUUGGCAGCAGUUUAUAGUGUUUAACCAUUUUAUACCAUGUCUCAGAAAGAAACAACACAUCCUGAUACCCCAUGGAUAUAUAGCCGGAAUAUAUGACUCAGUUUGUGGUUUAUUUCGAGAAAAGUAUUCGAGAGGGUUUGAGGCUGGGUGACAGUCCUUGCAUCCAUACAGCUUCAGUGGAGGAAUGACUUCCACAGAACCCAGCAUGAAUAAAAUAAUUGUGUACGACAAGCCCAAUUUUGAGGGGCUCAGCAAAGAGUUCGCCGGUGAUGUUCCCGACCUGCAUGACCUGGAUUUUGGUGACUGCAUCUCUUCCCUCAAGGUUAUUGGGCAACCCUGGGUUGCCUACAAAUCCCCCAGAUUUGAGGGAGACGGUUUUGCAUUUGAAGAAGGGGAUUACGAAGAGAUCAACAAGAACAACUUCUCAUCCCUCCGACUGGUUCAUCAUGAUCUCUCUGAUCCUCAAAUUACUCUAUAUGACCUCCCUAACUAUGAGGGCCGGGGCAAAGUAGUGACGGAAGAAACCAACCUUGCCUAUGGUUACUUUAACGAUAGCGUCUCCUCUCAUGUUGUACAGAAGGGCGUCUGGCUCCUGUACAAGAAUCCAGACCGAAGUGGAUGGUAUCAUAUUGCCUGGCCUGGGGAGCGCAUUUGUAACUAUAAAACUGAGAUUAAUUUUGAUGACAGCGUGUCCCACCUGCAGCCCUUGAAGUCUGGCCGACCCGUCAUCACUGCAAAACUGUUGUGGGACCAGAAAAAAGUGGAGGAUGAACAGGAUGUCCUGAUAGAUGAGAUUGUGGGAGCCAACUGCACCAAAUAUGACCAAGCCUUCACGGCCAACACUAGUCGGGAGUACACAACCACCACUCUCCAGAGCUUCCAUUUCAGCAAUACCACAAGUCUAAAACUUGGCUUCAGUUUCCAAGUCGCUGUUGGGGCUUCCAACGUCUUGGUGGUCGAGAAAGGGAAGCAUGAGUCCACCACGACCAACGAAAAGGUAGAUGUGAUGCUGCCUGCCAAAAUUCCCCCAUGCACCAGUCUUUCCAUUCAGGUGGUCAAGAAAGAAACCACUACUUCCAUUCCAGUGGAACUCACCAUCGUUCAGAAUGGGAAAGAAAAGAAAGAGCUUGCAGAGUACAAGUGUGUGUCGGGUCGCACCAUUAGUACCAGAUAUGUCAUGGAGCCUAUCUCCGCAGAAGAGGGGACUUCCCAAGCCAAGUCUUCAUCUGUGACUGAGGGGAAGCAUCAAACCAACCCCUCCCACAAAUCUAUACAAGUGGAUUUCCGUGCUAAGCCUGAUCCAACUCCACCAGGAGAAAGCUCACAAGCCACACCUGAAUAAGUUAUUGUGGUGUGGAGAACCUCAAGGAGAUGGCUACUUUCGGAUUAAAGUUUAAUCUUCUUGUAUUUUCUAGCCUAUUCUAGUAGUGGGGCUUGAAUGAACAUUGCAUUUGCUGAAGCGACAUACUACACAUGCCAAGUUACCAUGCAAAGUGAGUAGAGAGCAGGAGUGAAUUCAAUUGCCCCCUGCCAACAUUACCUACAGCAAAAUCAAAUUCAGAUGGUUCAUACCAAUAUACAUUGUACUUAAGACAGACAAUAACUGCCCAGAGUCAUAUGCCAAUUGUAUAUAGAGCAAUUUAAAAGCAAACCAAACUGAAAACCUUUUUUUUACUACAACUCAUUUAGUUGUGAA